AUGUCUUCCUACACCGAUAAGGCCAAGGACGCCGCCAACUACGUCGCCGCCGUCGCCGACCCCUACCUUCCCCAGACCGUCAAGACCGCCGUCUCGACCGUCGUCGACAAGGCCGUCGCUGCCUACCCCCAGGUCCACUCCUACGCCACCGAAAAGUACACCCAGGUCGUCGACUACGGCAAGGUUGCCUACAACGGCGUCACCACCACCAUCACCGCCUACACCCCUGGCCCCGUCAUGACCAUCGUCAACCAGACCCUCGAGUCCACAAAGUCCGUCCGCGAGACCCCCGUCGAGGCCAUCAAGCAGUACGUUCCCACCUUUGUCGUCGAGUCGGGCGAGAAGACCUACGAGAUCGUCAAGGGCCAGAUCCACGCCACCCGCGAAAAGGUCGAUGCCACCUCCGGAUACAUCGUCGAGAAGGUCAACGGCACCGUCUCCCAGCUCGUCCACAUCCCCCAGGUCGAAUCCAUCAUCCACCAGCUCCAGACCCUCACCGAGCCUGUCCUGUCCAAGAUCGGCGUCCACCUGCCUGAGCUGAGCCACUCGACCGAGGCCGCCACCGACGAUGCUGCUCCGGCCGCCACCGAGGCUGUUCCUUCGGCCGAGUCUCAGUAA